AUUUCCACAACAAACAAUUAAUUGAACAACCUAUUGGAGAGAUAGAUAGAUAAGAAAUGGGUGAGGGAAGUAGAGGUUGUUCAAUGGUGGAGAAAGUGGUGUUUUGUUUGUUUUUGGUGCAACAAUUAAAGAUGGGUUAUGCAACCAUUUACAAUGUUGGAGACGAGCUUGGUUGGACCUUUAAUGUCUCCUCUUGGCCUAUUGGAAAGAACUUUCAUGCUGGAGACAUUCUUGCAUUCAACUACACCCCAUCAACACACAAUGUGGUAGAAGUUGACAAAGUGGGUUACAAUUGGUGUUUGAUUAAUCCAAUAGAAGCAACUGUUCAUCAUUCAGGAAAGGAUCAAAUGAAGCUUGUUGAGGGCAUGAAUUAUUAUAUCUGCAGCCUUCCUGGCCAUUGUCAAAUGGGAAUGAAACUUGCUAUUAAUGCUACUUCUUCAUCAUAAAAUAUAUCAUAUUAAUAAUCUUCAAAUGAGUUAUAUCUAUAUAUAUAUAAACAAAGAUACUUCAUAUAUUUAACUUAUACUUUAUAUCUAAGUUAUGAGUUUGAUGUGCCA